AUGGAAAACCUUACGUCAGAUAACUGGAGGGAGAUUACAAACAAAAAGCUUCGAUUUGCACCCGAGCUGAUUUCCGCCAUCCAAGAGGGCAACGGGGCCUGGGUGGAAAGUCUCCUCUCGCUCGGAGACGGGAUCAUUCGUCAGCUUGAAGAGUCCGAGGAUCGGUUAUGGAGGGAAACGUUGAACCUCUCCAUCCGGCUGGGCAACGAAGAAAUCAUGUCAUCCCUUCUGCUGGGAGUUAAAUUUGACUUCCGUCAGAUCCAUGAAGCCCUACUGGUGGCUGUAGACACCAAUCAACCCCAAGUGGUCAAAAAGCUCCUGGACCGCCUCGACCAAGAGAAAGGCAACAAGAUGGACGUCCGCUCCUUUAGCACGGCCAUCUUCGACCACUCCAUUGACGACUCUCAAUUCGCCCCUGGAGUGACACCACUGACGCUGGCCUGUCAGAAAGACCUUUAUGAGAUAGUGAUGAUGUUGACCCAGAGAGGUCAUGAUAUUCCUCUCCCACACGCCAUAUCGUGCACAUGCUUGGAGUGCACAAACGGGCGACAGUAUGACUUGCUAAAGUUCUCGCUUUCCCGCAUCAAUACAUACAGAGGCAUCGCAAGCCGUGCGUAUCUGUCUGUCACCUCAGAGGACGCCAUGCUCAGCGCCUUCCACCUCAGCCGAGAGCUGCGCAAACUCUCCAACAAAGAACCAGAGUUUAAGCCUCAGUACCUCGCUUUGGAGCAACUGUGUCAGGAGUUUGCCGUGGAGCUUCUGGGAAUGUGCAGGAACCAGAGCGAAGUCUCCACCAUACUCAACAAUGCCGAGGAGGACAGCGAGGACGAAGAACUGGAAGAGCAGACAUUUGAGGAAGGUAUCCCAAACCUUGCUCGUCUUCGCCUCGCUGUCAACUACAAUCAAAAACAGUUUGUGACUCAUCCCAUCUGCCAGCAAGUGCUCUCCUCCAUUUGGUGCGGUAACCUGUCUGGUUGGAGGGGGAGUCGGACUGCUUGGAAACUGCUGGUGUCUUCUGGGAUCUUCAUUUCUAUGCCAGUCCUGUGUUUUGUCUACUGGAUCGCCCCCAAGUCCAAACUAGGUAAAAUGUUAAAAAUUCCGGUUAUCAAAUUUCUCCUGCACUCGGCAUCAUACAUGUGGUUCCUCUUUACCCUCCUGGCCGAAACUAUUUUUAUGGAGAUCUACCGCGAAGAUUUUGCUUCUCGCAAGCAAAACCUUCUCUACAAUUCUCUCCACAUGAUAUGGGUUGCAGGUUUUUUCUGGUUUGAGUGUAAGGAGGUGUGGCUUGAGGGUUUGAGGAGUUACUUCUUGGAUGUAUGGAAUAUUCUGGAUAUGAUGGUGCUGAGCAUGUAUCUAGCAUCAUUCACACUACGCAUCCUCAUUAUGCUAAAGGGCUAUGUUUUCUGUCAGGACCCCAGCACACAAGAGCUGUGUGACUACUUCACCAAUUCAGUACGUGAGGAUUGGAAACAGGAAGACCCUCAGCUCAUUGCUGAGACCCUCUUUGCCGUGACGAGUAUGUUGAGCUUCACUCGUCUCGCCUACAUCCUCCCAGCCCAUGAAUCUCUGGGAACACUGCAAAUAUCAAUGGGAAGAAUGAUUGACAGCAUGAUGAGAUUCAUGUUUAUCCUCAUGAUUAUCGGUACAGCAUUUUUAUGUGGAAUAAACAACAUUUACGUCCCUUAUGUGGUCUCCCCACAUCUCGGCAGAUUGAAUGAAACCUUUAACUUCCUCUUCUGGACUAUGUUUGGAAUGGCGAAUCAGGGAUACGUGGACAUGCCUGAAUAUGUUUUGGCCGAGUUUGUGGGAAGGGUCUUCUAUGGGAUCUUCACUCUCCUCAUUGUUAUUGUGUUGUUGAACAUGCUUAUUGCCAUGAUCUCAAAUUCAUUUCAAAAGAUUGAGGAUGAUGCAGAUGUCGAGUGGAAAUUUGCUCGCUCUAAACUUUACCUCAGUUACUUCAGGGAGGGUCUCACCAUGCCGGUUCCUUUUAAUAUCAUUCCUUCUCCAAAGUCCCUGUUUUAUUUCAUAAGGAAUAUCUUCCAAAAGAUUUGCUGUUGCUGUAACGACAAAUCCCCAGAAUAUCCUCCCAUCACAUCUGUGUCUGGCAGUACCCAGAGUUUCGGCAAAGGUCAAGGUGAAGGCCGAGUGCCAUACCGCCUGCAGGUUAUCAAGGCUCUGGUUCAGCGCUACAUUGAAGCGGCACGCAGAGAGUUUGAGGAAAGCAUGCGUAAAGAUGUAGGCAACAGAAUAACCGAGCUGAAUAAGAUGGUCGGACGCGUGCAUUUGGAGCUGCAGGAAUUCCACCAGAAGCUGCAGUGGCAAAGCACGAGCGAGCCGGACCAGGCUAACAUUCUGGGCAAAUACAUCAUGGGGGCAAAGAACAACUUCCGUGACUUUAAUAAAUAUGAAGCCAUAAGGUAUGAAAAAACAGAUCUGCACAUCCACACGCAUCCUGGAGACGACGAAGACAUGGAAGAAGACAUGAAAGAAGGAGGGGGGGUUUCUGAGGAGAAGGAGGAGUCAGGGUCCGAAUGUCCCACGGAGCCGUUCCCCGGAGAAGAAAGCACUUCUGAGACUGUUAGCACUCCUGAUGAAACAAACAGCAUAGAGUAAAGUCACAGGGUGAUGGAAAUACCCCUUUUAGCACUUAUAGCACUUUCAGGUAUUUGGUAAUGAUGAAAAUUAGCUGAUAAUUUACUCAAGUUAAUGCCAUCCUUGAUACAAACGACUUGCUUUCUUCAGCCAAAAAC